AUGGCCCGCACCGCGACCGUCGCCGCCCCCCGCGCCCCCCGGCUGCUCCGGGCCACGCUGCUGCUCCUGCUCCUGGUCGCCGCCUGCCGGCACGCUGCAGGGGCGCCCGUGGCCAGGGAACUGCGCUGCCAGUGCUUGCAGACCAAGCAGGGAGUUCAUCUCAAGAACGUCCAGAGUGUGGAGGUGACGUCCUCAGGACCCCACUGCCCCCAAAUCGAAGUCAUAGCCACUCUCAAGAAUGGACAUCAAGUUUGUCUCAACCCAGCAGCGCCCCAGGUUAAGAAAAUCGUGGACAAGCUGCUAAACAAGGGCAACGCCAACUAACCUAGAGAGAAGGAGGAAGCUUAAUAGGCUAUUGCUGCAUCCUUAGUGGAACUGGAGCAAAAGAAGAGAA